AUGGCUGCUUUCAUAACCGCGGAUCGCUGGUCUUCUGGUAUUGCCACACACAAGACUAAAAUAGGAAGAAUAAUUUGCACAGGUUCUGGUUGUAUUGGUUGUUUUCCAGAGACAAAUCAGACAGAAGCCGACGAGUUAGGGAUCUGUGAUUUGGACUUUGCGGGACAUCCGUUUAGAGCAUUCCUAAACAAAGACACCACCGUUGCUAAGAACAAAGCGGCCAAACCACGGAAGACUAAUUCCGAAUUUAAAAGUGAAAAUCCCACUUGGAGAAACCUUUCUAUGGUUAGUAAAACCUUGGAGAAGAAUGCGCAUUUUAGUGAAGGUUUAAAGGAGACAGAGAAAAAAAGGGUUAAACAAGUAGGAACUCAAACACGAAUGACUUCCAUUGUUCCAAAUGAAACUCAAUUAGAUAAAAGUGACUGCCAGCUUUCCGAUAAAGCUAAGAGGCUUGUGGAGUCAAUGAGAGGAGAUAUCAAACAGAGGGAAACAAAGAAAAAAACAGGAAGAACUGUGUUACUAGAAAUGUGUGAAUUAGACCAGACAAUUGAUUCUACAAGUGCUAAUUCAGAUUACAAACCCAAACAAGUGGCACAAAGUCCACGACACAGAAAGAAUGUCAACAUUGAUCGAAAAGUCAACAAAACUAAAAAUAUACACGAAAACCUUUAUAUGCUGUUAAAAAAAGACACAGCAUUAAACUACCACGAAGAUAUAUUUCCUAAAUCGGACAGUGAUCAAACCUGGGAGAGUUCUCCGUGGGACCUUGGCGAAGACGCUACGUGUUUUUACUUCGUACUGGAGUACUAUAACAGCCCUAGGAUUCUCCCGCGAUUCAAAGUACUCGAGAUUGUCGAGGCUCUCUGCGAGGUCGUGGAUGCAAGGGAUAUCAAGUGUGUACAGAGAGUGUAUGGUAUGUGGCAGAUCGUACUGCGGACCAGGAAGGACCAGUUGACUUUGCGGGCUUAUGGUAUCAGGAUAAGAGGGAGGUACUAUGAGCUCAUUGAUGACGUUGACAGCUAUUGCAUAUUAGUAAAUGGUUGUACUUAGAAUUUACUUAUGCCAGGUCUUAGGUAGCAAAAAGAAUCAUGAAUACUCCUAUGACACCCUAGACUUGGGGGAGCAUAAAGACACCCCCCCCCUUUCCUUAAAACAAAACAUUGAGACAGCUUUUUAAAGAGGCUGAAAUGUACUGCAAGAGCAGCUUGUUUCAGGCAUGAUCAGGAAUUCCAUAAAAAAGAUAAAUGUUGUAAUCUUUGAUUGUGUAAAAGAGUAAAUAUAGAUAGUAUCUCUGAAAAUUAGGGGGCACCUUGCCCACCCCUAAAUCUGCCCAUGGUUAUAAGCAGAUACAUGAUAGGCUGUAAAUAUAUUUUAGGAUGUGCCAUCCGCUUUGAGGGGGAUACAUCCUCUGCCCUCAGUGUUAGUCAUGAAUCCCUCCUUGUAGGGAUUUGAGACCGACUUCUCUGUUAUUUUUGUGAAAGGGGGGUCCCAUUUUUACCAUAUUCUCCUUCAUUUGUUGGCUUAAAAAAGAGCUCUACUUUUCCCCACCUGGGUAUGCCCCUGUUACCUAGUAAUGUGUUGGCUCUACUGAGGUUGUGAAGUGUGUUUGCAUGAGCUAUUAGAGGUAUCAGUAAAUUAAAACUGAUUCAGGUUUCCCAAUA